UUCCGACAAAACGAGCAAAAAUAAAUGUCUUAACUCCUGAAGUCGUUUCUGCACUUGACAGAGCUAAUGUCAGCAGUAGAAACGCGAUGUUCAUUAUUGCUCCGGUUUUAUCAGCUGUUGGUAUAAAAAUUGAAGAUACAACGCUCAGCUAUAGGUCCAUCCAACGAGCUCGUAUGGUUCAAAGAAAAGACAUUGCUCAAGGAUUAAAAGACAAUUUUAAAACACACGAUAAAUACGUAGUGCAUUGGGAUGGUAAAAUGCUGAAUGAUCUAAUUGAAUCCAAAUCUGUGGAACGACUACCGGUUCUUUUAACUGCGUAUGGUACUGAACAAUUACUUGGAGUUCCAAAAAUGAAUUCUGGGACGGCAGUUAAUCAAACAUCCGCCAUUUCAUCAACAUUGAGUGAAUGGGGUAUUAUUAAGUAUGUCAAGGCGAUGUGUUUUGACACUACGGCUGUUAAUACAGGAAUUCACAACGGUACAUGUAAGGAAAUUGAAAGGAUUUUGGGAAGAGAGUUGAUCUGGUUAUCAUGUCGUCAUCACAUUUUUGAGAUCGUAUUAAGGGGCGCAUUUGAAGUAUUUUGGCCUGUGUCAUCUGGGCCAAAUGUACAGAUGUUUGGAAGGUUUAAAAAAUUUUGGGAUGAUAUAGAUAUAACUAAUUAUAAAUCUGGUGUUGAAGAUGCUGUUGUUGCUGAUAUCAUUUCGAAUAAAAAAGAUGAAAUCUCUAGUUUUAUUACGAAAUCUUUACAGGUAUGA